UACGUAUGGUUAGUUGUGACUGCCACACGCCUCCACUCGGACUCUAAUCUUAUCAUCAAAAGAAAAGGAAGAAGGGUCACGUGUCAUUCUCACGUGACACGUCUCAUUGCACUAGUAAGGCGUGCUCUGAACACGAGCCCUCUUGUGUCUCAUUCUCUCCCGCCACACUCCACAUCCUUCUCCCCCAAACUUUCCUUUACUCUGUUUCAUCCCUAACUCUCUAAUAAUCCAAAUUAUUUAUUUAUUUUUUAAAUAAUAAUAAUCCACAUAUGUACACUCACCAUAUUUAUACGUAUAAGUAUACAAUCUCUUGUUUUGCUCAAGACCCUUUCGAUUUCUUCUCAACAUUUAUUUCUCUUAGUUGAUCAUAAUACCAAAUUCUUCUUGUAAUUAAGCAUUUUUUGUUUUUUUUAAUCAGGAGGAAUUUAGAACUGUCUGAAGCUCAAUUAUACGAAGAUGGGUUCGGAAAAUGCUGUUCCUUUGGUUGACCAGGUCAACGUGAUCGUUGAGGCCUCGUCUGACCGGGAUUAUUUGGGGAAAAAGAAUCGGAGGAAAGUUCCUAAAAGAGUCCAUAAAUCUGAGAGGGAGAAAAUGAAGCGUGAGCAAUUAAAUGAGCUGUUCUUUGAGCUAUCCAAUGCUAUAGAAUUGUCACAGCCAAACAACGGCAAGGCCUCCAUUUUGUGUGAAGCUACUCGACUAUUAAAGGAUUUGCUUGCUCAGAUUGAGGACCUGAGAAAGGAGAAUGCCUCCUUGUUAUCAGAAUCUCACUAUGUAACAGUAGAGAAGAAUGAACUAAUAGAAGAAAACUCAACUCUAGAAAGCCAGAUUGGAAGACUACAGGGGGAGCUGGAUUCAAGGGUGGUCCAGUUGAAACCUGACCUGAAUGUAUCGCCCUCUGAUUCCCUUGCCAGGCCUCCUACCGAACAUUUGGGUCAAUCGCAUACGGUCAUUGUUGUUCCACUAAUCCCUGACUCCACCCAAAUCCCAUCUAAUCCUACCUCAAACGUGAGCAAGCCUCAUGCUAGAUAUCCCACCUCAGCCGAUUCGUGGCCAUCCCAGCUUCUAAGGGAGCAGCAGCCGAAAAUAGGCGAGGAGCUAGUUAAAGAUAGGACUAGGGAACACAGGGAAAAUAAACCCUGAAAAUGUGUAGUGUAAAUUAUCUAUUGUUGACGACCUGAAGUUUCUUGGCUCUUUUUUUGUUUAUUUUUUCAAAGGGGUUAUUGGAUUUGUUGUGUUGGGGUUGAGGUUUGUGGUCCAUGAUAAUGGAACACAGGGAAUAUAGGAAUAAAUGUGCACAGCUUCUUGAGAAUGUAUAAUUUAGGUUCAAAAGGAAAUAGGAAAGAAAUAUUUGAGAA